AUGACACCAGUACAUUUUAGCUUUACCUCAGCAUUUAUAUUAGGACUUAUAGGGCUAGCAUUUCAUCGCACACACCUACUUUCUGCACUGCUGUGCUUAGAAGGAAUAAUACUAUCCCUAUUUAUUGCACUAGCUCUAUGGACACUACAAUUUGAAUCAACAAGCUUUUCUACUGCACCUAUACUGCUACUAGCUUUUUCUGCUUGUGAGGCAAGCACAGGCCUUGCACUUUUAGUAGCUACAGCCCGAACCCACGGUACUGACCGUUUACAAAACCUUAAUCUUCUACAAUGCUAA